CGUCACUACCAGGAAGUUCCAACACACCGUACCUUGUUUUCGAGCGCUAAGUUUUCAUUGUUAGCUCUCUCUUUUCAAGGAAAAACGGCCGUAUUUGGUUUUACAGAGUUUCGUUAUAGUUGGGACCAUACGGUUUAAUUUUUACUUGUCCCCAUUUAGCUCGAGAUAGACGGGAAUUGUCCGUUUGUGUGUGCAGGCUAGCCAAUGAGCGAGCGAGCAGCGGUGUUGUUUUGGUGACUGGUUGCAUCGGCGGCGUCUAAUCCCCAACAACAUCACAGCUCAUUCUAACUGCGCUGCGCUGGCCUCGCUGGCGCUGCCGGCACCUCCCGGGUGUCUGUCCCCCCGACCCUCCGGCGAGCUGGGCCAGCUCUCCGACCCGGACCCGAUGCGUGGGAGGAUGGGAACCCAGAGCAGUCCCGUCAAGAGCUACGACUACCUGCUGAAGUUCCUGCUGGUGGGGGACAGCGAUGUCGGCAAAGGGGAGAUCCUGGACAGUCUGCAGGACGGAUCGGUGGAGUCUCCCUACGCCUACAGCAGUGGGAUCGAUUACAAGACUACCACUAUUCUGCUGGAUGGGAGAAGAGUGAAACUGGAGUUAUGGGACACAUCAGGACAAGGCAGAUUCUGCACUAUCUUCAGAUCUUACUCUCGUGGAGCACAGGGCAUCCUGCUUGUGUAUGACAUUACUAAUGGCUGGUCGUUUGAUGGGAUUGAUCGUUGGAUCAGGGAAAUUGAUGAGCAUGCUCCAGGAGUGCCCAGGAUACUUGUGGGAAACCGUCUUCACCUCGCUUUUAAGCGGCAGGUACCAACGGAGCAGGCAAGGGCGUAUGCAGAAAAGAACAGCAUGACGUUCUUCGAAGUCAGCCCUCUCUGCAACUUCAAUGUCAUUGAGUCAUUUACUGAGCUUUCACGCAUUGUGCUGAUGAGGCAUGGAAUGGAGAAGUUCUGGAGGCCCAACAGAGUCUUCAGCCUCCAAGACCUGUGCUGCCGUUCAAUUGUUUCCUGCACACCGGUGCAUCUCAUUGACAAAUUGCCGCUCCCCGUGGCCAUCAAGUCCCACCUCAAGUCUUUCUCUAUGGCCAACGGCAUGAACGCUGUAAUGAUGCACGGACGCUCUUAUUCAGUGGCGAACAGUGCAGCGUCUGGUAGUAGCAGCAGUGGAAGCAAAGCCAACAGUCUCAAACGCUCCAAGUCUUUCAGGCCCCCACAGAGCCCUCCAAAGUACUCGUCUUCCUCCAAAGGAAACUGUAAGAUAUCAUAGUGCAAGAGUGCACCUUGGGCUUGCUCCUACCGGGCCAGUGUUAAAGGUGUCGUUACUCUGCCAGAUCACACGGCUGAAGAAGAGCGUGGAGGGCCGACAGCAAUCUUCAUCAGAAUAGAUUACAGCUGUGAACUUACUUUGAUCUUUGGGAACUGACUGGGACAGUCGGGUUGGUUUCUCUUCUCUUCGCUCACUGGUGCCAUCAAGUGGAUGUUUGUUUACCUGUACUCUUUACUACAGAGGGCCACUGUGAUCAAGUAGAGCAAGAUUUCUGUGGGACUAUCUGAUGUGAAAGGAGGAUUGUCACGCACCUGUAAACACUACAAAUGAAUCACUUUUAUUUGGAAAAGGAUUGUUCAUUUCUAUUUAAAACUGGACUUGAAGUUGUAAAUAUACUGUGUUUGUGUUGGUCUGUGUUUGGGGAUUGUUGUGGGGUGGAGCAUUUUUGCUUGUUUUGUCUUGAACAUUUUGGGAUACAUGCUCAGAUGUUUGUCUUAUGCCACUUUUCCACUGUAGAAAAAUCUAUUUGCAACACAAACUUUCUGCAAUAUUUAUUCAAAACUCGGAUCAGCUGAAUUUUGAAUAAAAGGCUUCAGUUGAGUGGCAUGGGAAGAGCACUUGGCAUUUCUUUUUGCACACAAACUGGAACUAAUGUUACAAAAAUUCUGGGCAAAAAUAAUCUUUGUGAUCAAAAAAGGAAAAUGUUUUUCUUGUCUGCAAGACAACUUGCUGUGUCCCUUUUUUAAUUGAAGCACAGAAAUGUAUAUCUGUCAUUCAUUGAAGAAUCUGUGUUCUCUUGUCUUUUAUAUCUUUAAAAUUAAUCUUUAAUGUUUCACCACUUUAACUGGGUUAUACUCAUCAGCAGCAUGAUGACUUUUUAAUCUUUGCGCAAUUUUACAAUUGCUGGAGGCUGAGGAGAAAACUGUACAAAUUCAUGUUCUGUUUGUUGGCUUAUUCUGUCAUUACAGACUUGCAUCCUCGAUCAUAAUAUGAAUUUAUAAAUUCAGGAUGUUGGCAAGAGGAAUGUUGUACUGUGGUUGCUUUUUUGUGUACCUGCUAUGUAUUUAUGAAUGUAUACUGAUAUUCAGCAGCUUAUCUUCUGCAGCCAUGUGUUGACAUGUAAUGUUAGUUGGAAAGCUGCCGGUACAUGGACUUGAUUCCAUGAAGCUUCAGUGAGUUUAUACCUCUGCUGCUCAAUGUAUUUUAGCUUUUUAUUUUUUUUAAUAAAGAAAAUGGGGAAACAAAGUGAGAUGGGAAGUUUAACACGGAUUGUUUACUGUGGAUGAUUUAUCGACCGUCACAAUUCAAGAAUAUUAUUACCAGGACAUUAAGUAUUUUAAUCCAAACUAAUAUAUAAAUUGAACAUUCAACUUUUUAUUCCUAAUCUAAAAGAUAAUUUACCCUCCACUGUCAAUAAACAUUUGCUCUCUCUUAGUAUACAUAAUUGAUGUGUUUUCACGAUACCUCUUUCAGACCAGAAUAUUACACUCUCAAACUCUUAGUGAACAUUUUAAGCUCUCCUAGUAAACCUGGAUGUUGCUAUUAUAGUGCAUGUGUCUAAACGUUUGACACAAAGAUUUUCUCCCUGAAACUGUCACCAUGAAAAUAAAGAGUGAACCUUU